UUCCUGUUAGUAAUCAACCAAACGAUGCCAAAAAGCUGAAUCGCACAAAGAGGUCUGCAACAUUCAAAGAACACGGGCAACAUAUUUAUGAGUGGUUUCCACGGCUAAGAUGCGGAAACUUGUAAUUCCCAAGUACUACGGUCGUCCGUCGAUUGGUUUGGCUCUGUUUGGCUGUGCAAAUCGUCCGUUCUAUCACGUCUGUGUUUUCCCCGAUAGAGCGCUAGGCAGAAGAUACGAAGGAAAUAUUCUUGAACAGGUCGGAACAUUCGACCCAUUGCCGAAUACUAAAAACGAGAAAUUAGUAUCUCUUAACUUUGGUCGACUCAAGUAUUGGAUUGGAGAACGCAACGCACAUAUUUCUGUACCUGUUUUGGAACUUCUAGGACUUUCUGGGUUGUUUCCCAUCCAUCCAAAAACAUUCGUUCGAGCAAGGCACAACAGAGAGCACGCCGCUGCUUCUCAAACCCACGUAAGCGAAGAAAACAAAGAAACCGAAGAGGAAACUUCUUCGGAUAAGGUCUCUGCAUAG